CGGGUUACUGUCGUCAUGUCGUCGCGGACACCUUGCAGCCUGAGGCCGAGUGUCUGUCGUCUUUUUGACUGUCGGUACGGGAGCCGCUGGAACCGAAGAAGUUCGCCGUAACUGUUACGAUCAGCUGAAGAAGGCAGCAGCUGAGCUGCCACGAUCCGUAGACCUGCCUCCCUCUACUGUCUCUCACUCUCCCUCUCGCUCUCACCAGUCAGAAGAUGGCGAAGAAGGAGAUGUUCGAGGACGGCGAUGUAGGCCAGGCCAGUGCCGGCGCCGUCUCCCGCACCGAUUUCCCUCCCAACUUCGUCUUCGGCGUCGCCACUUCUGCCUAUCAGGUUGAAGGAGCAGCCAGUGAAGGUGGUAGGGGUCCCAGUAUCUGGGAUGCCUUCUGCCGCAACAAAGGAAAGAUCGUUGAUGAGAGCGACGGGGAGGUGGCAGUUGAUCAAUAUCACCGCUACAAGGAAGAUAUUGACCUUAUAGCCAAACUGGGAUUUGACGCUUAUCGGUUUUCCAUUUCAUGGUCACGCAUCUUUCCUGAUGGCUUGGGAGCUAAUUUAAACGAUGAAGGGAUCACUUAUUAUAACAAUCUCAUCAACACUCUUCUAGAAAAAGGUAUCCAGCCAUAUGUGACUCUGUACCAUUGGGAUCUCCCUCAGCAUUUACAUGAUUCAAUGGGAGGGUGGUUGAACAAGCAAAUUGUGGAAUACUUUGGAACGUACGCAGAAACAUGCUUCGCAAAUUUUGGUGAUAGGGUAAAGAACUGGGUUACAUUUAAUGAGCCGCUCCAAACUGCUGUGAAUGGAUAUUGUUAUGGCAUAUUUGCUCCUGGAAGAAGUGAAAAUCCAUCAACAGAACCAUAUCUUGUUGCACACCAUCAGCUAUUGGCACAUGCAGCAGCCGUCUCUAUAUACAGGAAGAAAUACAAGGACAAGCAAGGCGGGCAGAUAGGCUUGGUAUUAGACUGUGAAUGGGCAGAGGCUAAUUCAGACAAACUUGAAGAUAAAGUUGCAGCUGCAAGGCGCCUAGACUUUCAGCUUGGGUGGUACUUGCAUCCCAUUUAUUAUGGAGAUUACCCUGAAGUUAUGCGCGAAAGACUUGGAGAUCAACUUCCCAAAUUCUCAGAUGAAGAGAUAGAAAUGCUCAGAAAUUCCGUGGACUUUGUUGGUCUAAACCACUAUACAUCUAGAUUCAUAGCUCAUGCAGAAGACAGCCCUGAGGAAGGUCACUUCUACAAAGCACAGAUGAUGGCUAGAAUUGCUCAAUGGGAAGGUGGGGAAUCAAUUGGCAAGAAGGCAGCUUCAGAGUGGCUUUAUGUUGUUCCUUGGGGCAUCAGGAAGGCUCUCAAUUACAUAGCACAUAGAUACCAGAAUCCCCCAAUAUACAUUACCGAGAGUGGUAUGGAUGAUGAAGAAAAUGAUACUCCCCCUAUCCAUGAGAUGCUAGAUGACAAGCUCAGAGUCACUUAUUUUAAGAGUUACCUCGCCGAAGUUGCUCAGGCCAUCGAGGAUGGAGCGGACGUGAGAGGAUACUUCGCGUGGUCGUUGUUGGACAACUUCGAGUGGGCUCAAGGCUACACCAAGCGCUUUGGCUUGAUCUACGUCGACUACAAGAAUGGGUUGUCUCGGCACCCAAAAUCCUCCGCAUAUUGGUUCUUGCGCUUCUUGAAAGGUGACGAAGGGGAACACAGCAAAAAAGAGUAACCCAAUUCGAGCUACCAGAUUAUGUAACUUUUUCAAAUUAACCCCAGCAUUUACAUAAAAUCAACACCUGAUUGAAAAUAACGAUGUGUUGGGGAUGCCUGUUGAUUCUUUUGCGCCUCAACUGUUCCCGCUCGUAUGAUUUUAUAUGCUAAAAUUUGGCUAUUCUGAUGCUAUGUUGGAUAUUGGAA